CUCAGUUGGAGUUGCAGACUGUAACCGUAGAUUUAGGAUGCAGAAGUAGUGAACUAAAGAGUUGAAUGAUUGAGUGCAAAAGAAGCUUAAUUUGAAUGGAAUUUAGGAUUGGUGGUUCACCAUCUUCAACCUUUUGCCUGCAAAGUUCGCUUCUUCCUCCAUUAAAAACCGUAACCACUUUCACACGUGACUGGGGGAGAAGGAGAAGUACUUGCAUACAAAGUUUUUCGGUAUCUUAUCACAAGUUUGUUGAGUUUGCUUUGGAUGAAACCAGACGCCACAUUCACUUGAACCCUUCACCUUUGCAGGAAAAGUUCAGUUCCAUGAAUUCUAAGGAUGGUAAAGGAAUGCUUAGUAUGCUAUCAUUUGAAGCUACCAAAAUUAGGCUUUUACGAAGUUUGAUCAUUGAGACAGAAACAAUGCAGGUUUUUGAUUUUACUGUCUUUCCUGAAGCAGAAUAUGAUGUCCCCAUAUUUUGUGCCAACUUUUUCACCUCUGCUAAAACAAACAUUGUCGUAUUGGACCUUAACCCCUUGCAUGAUAUCAUCAAUCAGCAUGAGUACAAGGAUAAGUACUUUAAAAGCUUAAUUCCUCUUGGCCUUAAAUAUACACAGCUUUUUCCAUGGGGAGGGAAGCUCACAAGUGAGUCUAUAAAAUUUUUUUCACCAAUUGUCAUCUGGACAAAGUUUACCUCAAACCCGCAAAAAUACGAUAUUCUGUAUGCUGCAUUUAGGGAUUAUUACAAGGUAUGGUUGGAACUGAUAUGCAAAUCAGUUAAAGAGACAGAUGAAUCUCAGGUUGUGCUCAAUCUUGAAGCACAACAUAGAUAUUUGACAUGGAGAGUUGAAAAGGAUCCCGGACAAGGUGUGUUGAAGAAGUUGAUUGGGGAUACACUUGCCAAGGAUUUGUUGAGAAACUUUCUCUUUAAUGGAGUUGAAGAACUAGGAAGCAAAACAUUCUAUGAUUAUUUUCCACACUAUUGCACUCAAGAAGGAAUGUUAAAUAAAAAAGGCAAUAUUGUUGGGAAGUCCUUUGAAAAUCGCCCAUGGGAUGCUAGAGGAGAAUUUAUUGGUGAAUGAUUGUCCGCAUGUAAGAGGCAAAACUAUUCAGACAUUACUUUAAAAUUUGAAUCGGUCAGCAAACAUUGAAGAGACUGCAAUUGUUGUAGAGAAUUAUGCUAUUAGAUGUUUGUAAUAUAAGUGCUACUGUACUGUGUCAUGUCUACACAAAUUUUUGUAUGGCAAAAAAAUUCUUUAACAAAUCUCAGGCUCCUAUGGUUGUACUUGUGUUAUUUUAACAUUUAUAUUGUAAGAUUACAAUCAGCUGUGUACAAUUAGCUUUAGAUCAA